CCACCUGUCUUUACGGUAUUUAUGUCAUCACUUCCGUAAAACGAGAACUUGUGUUUAUUCUUUGUACCAAUUAGCUGCUGCUAGCGGAAAAGCGGUCCACAUUAAAGCCAACACCAAGCUAAGGAAAUAGCCCCAGUUUGUAAGCGUCCAGCGGCUUCAGCCAUGGCUCGUUCCGGUUAAAUAGGCGAGGAAGUUGCAGACACGUUUCUCUCGCUGUGGAGUUCAGGGCUUCCCCCCGCCACGUUGUUGUUGUUUUUUUUUGUUAAAAAAACUAUGCUGAGCAGUGUUGCUCUGCGGGCUCAGAUAGCCUCCAUAAUCGAUGCCUUGUCCAAAGCAGCCGUGGCAGAAAUCGCCAAAGUUGUGGAGGACGGCAUGGUGGUGUUGCGGCUGGAAAUGUGUCAGCGAGAAAACGAGAUCCAGAAGCUGAAGAGCAACAUCGAGGUUCUGCACAGCGAGCUGAGGUCGCUGCAGGAGAGCGUGACCCUGCGACCCGACAACCACGACAGUCAGAGAGUCGUUGGUGAUGAGAGGACCUUGUUUGAAAAUGGGCCCACUGAUAAGAACCAUAACCAUAUGGACCAUAACGGCCUGUCCAUACCUGAGGUGCAGGUGAAAUGUGAACCUGUGGAAGAAGGAAGUGAAGAGAACAGAGGACAACCUGCCCAGCUGGGAGAAGAAGCGGCCUUGUAUCAAAGGGACAACGCACAAUGGAGGCCGGCGACGCAAACUCAGACAGGACGCAACAACUCAGAUUAUUUCAAUUUAGGGCACGACUCUCUGUCGUGUCUCCCUGAAUCUCCUCUGGACACCGGACCGGCUGCGCCCUGCAGCAGCUCCGGUGGGUUUCAGCCGAGCCCGUUCAGCCGCGGGCUGCUGGGUUACAGACGGCGGCGGCGGCGAAGAGGUUGA